AACACACAUCUGGAAAUAAUUUAGGACACAGAGAGAGAGAGAGAGACAGACAGACAUAGUUCUGUUAAGAAAAGGAAACAAAAAGUAGCUUAAAACCUUCCAGGUGGAAAUUUACAUAAAUUCAAUAUAAAGUUCUAAAUCGUGGAAGAGGACAAGUCGAUUUGGGGAAAGCGGGCGAUCAACGUCUACCAGUGAAGAACAAAAGAGAGGAAGAGAAGAAAGGGAAGCUGGUUGAAAACCCUGGCUGCUUCAGGGACCAAUGUGAAAGGGAUCUGAAAAGGAAAACUACAUAAAGAUCAGAACCAGGGCUGAACGGAAAGGGAGAAAACAAAGAGAAGCGGGGCAAAGGACAGAAUCUCACCUUCAGGAUGUCAGCGUCUCGGAGGUGUUUGUGCUGUGUCAAAUAUCUGAUGUUUGUCUUUAACCUCAUCUUCUGGCUAGGAGGAUGCGGCUUGUUCGGCAUCGGAGUCUGGCUGUCCUUCACGCAGGCAGAGUUUUCCUCUCUUCCCCUGUCCUUUCCAUCCCUCUCAGCUGCCAACCUGCUGCUCGUCGCCGGUGGCAUCACCAUGGUGACUGGCUUCCUGGGUUGUCUCGGAGCCCUGAAAGAGCAGCGCUGCCUGUUGUUCAUAUUCUUUGUGAUCCUUCUGCUCCUGGUCCUGACAGAGGUCACUCUAAUGUUGGUUAUACACAUCUUCCAUGACAAGCUGGAUUCCAAAGCACAAGGUGAAUUAAAGGAAGGUAUGAAGAUUUAUGAAUCAGAACCUGAACUGAAAAAAUCCUGGGACAACGUGCAGAAAAUGUUCAAAUGCUGUGGAGUAACUAAUAAAACAGACUGGUAUGAUGUGCUGAAUGGAACACUGCCCUCGUCCUGCUGCUCCGUUGGGACAGACCAGUGUGUUGACGGAUGGAGUGAGCCGUGUUAUCAGAAGGCCAGGCAGUGGCUGCUGGAUAACAUCCCCUCCGUCCUGGUGUUUGGCGUGUGUAUCGGUGUUGUGCAGAUCCUGGCCCUGGUGUUCUCCAUGCUGAUGUUCUGUCAAAUUCUGUGUGCUGAGAAGGACUUGGACUGACUGCAGACCAGCUGUUCACUGGCCCCUGAUGGGAAGGCGGAAGGCUCAUCACAAACUCCUCUGGGAUCUUAAGACACCCGCAAAACCUGAUCCCAGCUUUCAAAACCCCAGACUCACCAGACUGAGGAGGCUUGGUUGUACCAGUCAUGACAUAUAGUAUAGAGACCAUCAUCACAGUUAAAGGUUGCAUUAUGUCAGAUCAGUCAGGUUUCAUUUUAACACUAGAAUUUACAGGUCCCCAGACAAAACUAAAGACAGUGAAAUAACCUUAAUGCAUUGCUCCUGGAGAGUAACCUGAGGGGAAACACUGGGUCCCCUGUCGUCUCACAAGAAUAUCUGUCUCUCCUUAUUUAACAGCAUUUAGUUUCCAGAGUUGCUUAUUUUAGAAUUUUUGUCAUGUAAAGGAAAUAAUAGAGUGACAUUAUUAAUUUUGCUUAUCAUAUAUCUGUUUAAUGAAACAACAUGAGAUGCAUUCUCUGACUCAGUAGGGCUGUUAGUCAACAUUCAUAGUUUCAUUUUCUGGAUUUCAUUAUCUGGACAAGAAGAAGGAGAAAAGAAAAAAAACAUUUACAUAGCACUUAGUUCACCUUGUUAAAAAUGUCAAGCCUUGUGUUAUUCCUAAACUAUAUGAGCACUUUGAACAUUUGGUGAAGUCUAGUGACUUUGCGCCUUUACGGUGCUCUUAUUUCAAUCUACUUCAUCUAAUCAUCACAGAAAUAUUUUUAAGAUAUUCCUAUGCUAACUCUCUGUCAUUCUUUAUUGUCCUUAUUUACCACACAAGUUUAUCCACGCUUGUCUUUUUAUUGGAACAUAUACUGUAACAUUUUGUGUUCUAGCAAAAACAGUAAGAUCAUUUGCCAUUUGUAAAGUUUUAUUGAGACUGUUUGGUAAUGUUCCAUACAGAUUUUUAUUGCGUUUUUUUUGCCAACUCAGUGUGAGUUAUGUAAUGAAACCAAAGGGAGUUUUCAGUGUUAACAAGGAAGAUAAAGAGAGAUGUCAGAGGAAGGAAGUGAUAUUGGCAAAAGUCACACUUCCACACUCAACAUUAGCAACAGCACACAGGUUAUUUCUGGCCAACAUACUGUACCACUAAGCUGUUCCAGCUACUAACAGGCCACAACUUGAGCUGUGACAACAAGCCUCACCUUUACCCUGAGGGCUCCACUAUAUACACUCACAAUCAGCAGUAUACUCCACUCUCAUCUCUUCUUCCUCUACUCUCCAUCUGACUUCUGCAGCUCAAAUGACAUACAAUCCCUGCUCUUUAUGUUUGUCAACCAAUCAAAUUGCCACCCUUUGACAUUGGAACUCCUAUCAUAUUAGCUUAAAAGUCUGAAACCAGCCAUGUGUUUACCCUGCUGAAGAAGAAUAGCAGCCAGUGCCUGAAAAAACUUAAUUUACUUGUGCCACCAGCAGAAACUGUUAAAAAUAAAGAGCCAUACCGUUGCCUCUAAACCACUUACCAUUAGCUUCGGAGGUGAGAAAUAGUUACCUUGCAUGGCAGCUAGAGUCUUGCGAUGUCGUGGAAUCAUGUAUUGCAGAAAAAGCCAAUCUAGUCAGGCUUCAAGAAAUGCUUUUAUGACGGAUAAGCCAGAGUACAGACCAAUCAGCAUCCUGUGAGGAUCUACUGGCAGCUGGGGCGUGGCUUAGGUGUGUGUCUGAAGACAAGGAGAGGUGACUGUUACUUCUACAACAAUGGCUGCUCCUGAAGAGGUUAGUGUAGCCGCUGCAAUAGCAUCAGUUACAUCAGAGCUCUGGAGUAUUUCUUCAUUGAAAGAAGAGCAAAGAUCAACACUGAAGGCUUUUCUCCAUGGAAAAACAAGUGACAAUGCCUGGCCUUUAUCCAAACAGUUUCCAAUGACGAUUUCUCAGAUUGUUCUGUGAAACAAACCAUGUGGCGGAUCAGGUUAGAGACAUAGAAUGUAUAUCAGCUUGAAAGAAAAAUCAGAAAAAAAAUUAAGUGAUUUAAAGAUGCCUAUCCAAACAUAUUAACAGUUCUUAAAGAACAUACAUGUUAUUUUAAAGACAUUAUAUAUGUUUAUGAAAUAUAUAUAUAUUUGUCCUACAGUAUGUUGCUUGAAAUGUAGUGCACUUCUUUGAGGUAAUGAAGCUAUUCAAAUGUAGAGUAUACAGAGCAUAAUUAUUAGUACAGGAUAGGCCGGCAGAGAAACCAGAAAUAAAUCCUGUUUCAAUUAAAGAGUCCGUUCCCACAGAAAUUUUGAUAUUGGGCUUGUGUUUGAUAAGAUGAUUGAACCCCAACCACAGCCUCAAGUCUGCCCUCCCAGCCCUGUUGUAAAAUAUCAAUAAAUGCUGCAUUGAUGAGUUGAUGCUUUCUGUUCUUUAUCUGAUGACAAAG